GGUAAAAUACAACAUUUAACAAAUACUUGACAUAUAUAAUGUUCUGAAAUGUAAAGGCUUAUGUAACCAUCUUUGCCUCAUUCCUGGCUUUGCUGGUGAAGUGAAGGUGUGAGAUGUAAAUCGAUUCAGAGCUGCUGCUUGUUCUCCUAAAAGAGGAAAAUCUGAACAGGCAGCAUCCUUUAUUAAGACGAUGAUUUCGAUGGUAGACUGUCCUCUGGUUCCGUUACUGUAUGUUCUGUGUCAGGUUCGUUGGAGGAAGAAGAAGAAGAAGAGAUGUUUGUUCUCAUCUGGGCGACUCUGCUUUUCUCUGUGAGAGUCAGCGAUGCUGAGACAGGUUCUUCAGUGCGGGGGAAACAAAGUCGUCCGUUGAAGGAUUACUGUAUCACUCUAGUUGAAGGAGAAAUAACAGCGGAGGCCGGGCUCUGUGUCGUGAUACCAUGCUCCUUCACUGUUCCUGAGAAUAUCAAAGUCUUAAAUAUAGUUUGGUUUAAAUGUAAAUCGACUAAAGGGAAAUGUGGUGAAAAAGACAUAUUUUUCAACAGUAGCAUCUCCAGCGAUCAGGUUCAGUCGGAGUUUAAAGGACGAGUGUCACUGCUGGAGUCUGAUGUGAGCAAGAAAAACUGCAGCAUCAUCGUCAAUGACCUGAAGGAGUCGGACUCUGGAACAUAUCAAAUCAGAGUUAAAGCUUCACCGAGGAGAGAUUCAUAUAAAUUCUUCCAAAGAGCAACUGUCUCUGUUCAAGGUCUGAGUCAGAGGCCUACAGUGAUGAUUCCCCCUCUGACUGAAGGACAGCUGACCACACUGACCUGCACUGCUCCUGGUCUCUGCUCUGGAUCUGAACCUACAUUCACCUGGAGGUGGCGAGGAGGAGGAGAGAGCGACGCUGACCUCACAGGAAACAUCACGGCCUUCAAAACUGAGAAUGUGACUGAGUUCGCUAAGAGACGCAGCUCGACUCUGUCCUUCUCCCCUUCAGCUGAACAUCACGGAACCAACAUCACCUGCACGAUCCUCUUCCAAGGACACGUGAGCACAGAGGAGACGGCGACUCUGAGUGUGAGCUGUGAGUAGAACUUCUUAAUUUCUGAGGGGCUGAAUUUUACAACAAGAAACUUUGUUCUUAACCACAUUAUAUGACUGUGCAACGUGUGAUUAUCUAUCGUAGAUGUGAAGGAAGUCAGAAUAACCCAAAAUGUGUUAGUGAGAGCGAGACUCUGACUCUGAAGUGCAGUGUUGAAGGUUUCCUUCCAUCACGGAUCACGUGGACUAAUGCACUUGUGAUGGUGAAUGGAUAAACAAGGAGGAUAUAUUCUACAUUACUGUGUAUAAAGUAAAUACUGAUCAGACGUGCUGGUUCCAAAAAGAAGAAAACAUUACUCCACAAUAUGAUGUCAUUCAAAAUAAGGUUUAGCAAACCUGAUCAGAAAUAAGUAAAAAAAAUGGAACACUUACCUAAAAUCAGUGGCUGUUAGGGUUAACCCUUUGCUAGGAAGAGAAAUUGCUGAGAGAAAAAUUGAAAGUUUCAUCAGGAGAAUCUAAAGCCAGUCUGUUUUAUCUUUUAUUGUUUCAAUGCCCAUUAACUGGUGCGAAAAUACGUUUCAAAACACACACACAUCACGGAGUCGGCAGAGAAGCAGGAGCUUGACGGGAGGAGCUCCGUGAUGCUGAGCUGCUUCAGUCACAUCUUUCCCCCAGUCCAACACUACUCAUGGUACAGGAAGAGUCAGGGAGAGGAACAGGAUGAACUUGUGUCCGAGCAUCAAAACCACACAGUGUACUCAAACCAGUCAGGAGUCUACUACUGCAUCGCACAAAAUGAAGUAGAUCAAAGUUUGUCUGAUCCCGUCCAUCUGUUUGAACGUGAGUGAAUUUCAAGGCCUAUUAACUGUGUGCUUUAUUGCUCAGGAGACAUGUGGGAGGUUUAUAUCAGAUCAUGUUUUCUGGUUGUCCAUCUGUACGUCCCAUUUCCUACAUCCUUCGCACAAACACACAAUUAGAAUCAAGGAGUAAAUGAUUUGAUUUCGUAGCCAAAGGUCAAAGGUCAAGCUCGAUAUGAUGCUCUCUCUCUUUUAGCAACAGGAAACUCUCUGCACAUCCUGAAGUUCAUCGUUCCUGCUCUAUUUGUCCUGAUGAUCAUCAUUUUAAUCGUCAUAGU